UUGACAUUUUUCUUCCAUAGAAACAUUUGAAGGGAAAUAAUUGCAGCAUACACAAUGACAAUAUUGCACAUUGGUUACAAGUGUCAUUGAGUGGAGCCCGGAUCGCGCGCUCCCUCCAGCAGGGAGGUCCCACCGGUUAGCUGCCUCUGUCUCUGCCUGAUGGCGAUUUUCAAAGUCUGUCUGGAUGGUAGGGUUCACUCUGGUCACCGGAGUUGACUGGCUGUCGGGUUGCUGUCGCGGUAGCCGGGCGAUCGCUGGCGGCCGUGCUCGCUGCCCGUGCCAGCGGUGCGAGGCCCCGGCAGGCAGGCGGCGGAGCGCCGGUCGGUGUGCUUGCCCGAGGAGGGAGAGGGGGCGGGCAGCUCGGCGGGGAAGAUGUCCGCGGCUCUCCUCUCGCCCAUUGUCGACUAUUACAACGACGAGGAGGAGCUAGACAGCGUCGACGAUGAGGACGAACGCAGUAUCCGCGGCCGUGACUCCGAUGAAGAUACAGAGGAUGCAAGUGAGACAGAUAUUGCCAAUAAGCAGGAUGAUGAAGACUACCUGGAAGUAAAAGAACAGAUGUACCAGGAGAAAUUGACAUCUCUCAAAAGACAGCUACAGCAGUUACAGGAAGGCACUUUGCAGGAGUAUCAGAAAAGGAUGAAGAAGCUAGAUCAACAAUACAAGGAAAGAAUACGAAAUGCAGCAUCUCCGUCUUCUCCUGAGCAUCUUCCGAGCACUCCUGCUGAAUCACCAGCACAAAGAUAUGAAGCACGAAUAGAAGAUGGAAAGUUGUAUUACGAUAAGAGAUGGUAUCAUAAAAGUCAGGCAAUCUAUCUGGAAUCUAAGGAAAAUACGAAGAUUGGCUGUGUAAUUAGCUCAGUUGGAACAAAUGAGAUAUGGGUAAGGAAGACAAGUGAUAGCACAAAGAUGCGUAUAUAUCUAGGACAGCUGCACAGAGGAGUCUUCAUUAUACGGAGGCGAUCUGCUGCCUAGAACUGUUAACAAGUUGGAGGCGCACAUCUUCUUAACUCCCUAUGCUCAGAGGUCAACUUUUCAUGACUUUUAUAUGGAAAUCUGUAUUAAAACGAACAAGUUUAUUGACAGACUGAAGAACACACUAUUUGAAGACACUUUCCAAUGCCAUCUGAGUUUUGAUGAUUGUACAUAUUUUUAAGAAUAACAUUCACCUUUUCACGGAUUCCACUUUGCUUUCAUCAUCUUUGCAAGAUGGAGGUGACCACUCUUCAUGGCUGGAACCUGCCAAUUUGUGGAUUGUUUAAUUUAUUCCAGACGAUAGAGUGAAGACCUGUUUGCUUCAGUGCCGGACAAUCUGGAACAUUUUUUCCUGAACAACAUCACCCUUUAUUUUGAGAGGACUCUGUUUUGUACAUGCUGUUUAUUUUGUAUUAAAUGCUUUAUCAUUCUCACUCUAGGGAGCAGGCCAAACAUGCAUUUGUUUGUUUUUAUAAGUAUGUCAAAUAACCUUGUUUCUUUGAACAAUCAACUCAAGUUCAUGGUUUAUAGUACGCUGUAUCCUUAAAUAAAAUUGAAAAUGUUGGUAGCCUGUGAUUAUGAUUUAUCAUACAUUGUGAUCGCUAUUUAUGACAUUCUGACGAUUUUCCGUAAAUAGAGUUUUGCCACACAUGACAUUGGAAUAGAACUGAACCAAAUAGCUCUUUGUUAGCAGCUUGAUUGGCAGGUCAGAGCUGUGUUUUUAAAGCUGCAUCUUAAAAAUGUUCAUGGUCAGUGACUGCUGUUUCAAAGUAAUUUGGCCUGACUUGGAAAACCUUUGGAAAUAUUUGAAGAUUUUUGCUUUGAAGGCAACAGUAUUUGUGAAAUAGGAAUAAAUCAAAAAAUUAUUUCUUUUGUAAUUAUCCCUGGUAUCAGUAACUGCUUUGUAUUGAUGUUUAUAAGUGUUGGAUGAUGCCAACUUCCUCAAUUAGGUGGCAAAAUUUUGAAUUGCUUUUGAAACAGAUAUUUAUGACUUGUAGUUGAAGACCUGUUCCUCCUUCAAGAAGGCUGCCAUAAACUCUGUUUUGUUUUCUUCUUUUGAAUCAUGAGUUUCAAAGUCUACCUGGUGAUAUUGCUGCACAAUUAAAACCUGAAGCAAGUUACACUCAAACUGAGAUUGUGCACAUGAAAACAUGUUCUUCUCUACUAAUGUUUCCUUUUAGUGUAUGUGUGCGCACAGAUUUUUGCUACUCGCGCAUGAGAAUUUAAGUUCUGCACAGAAGGUUGUCACCCUCUACUUCGUUGGCUUGUUAAUUAUAUUUCACGAUUGUACACAAUCACAUUUCCUUUUCCAGUUUCUGAUGUGGAAGGUGUUGACACCAUGGAGUUUUUAUUGAUUUGUCUGCAGAUUUUAGAACUGACUUAGGUAUUUAUACUGCUUUUAUUGGCGAAAUUACUGAUUCACUGUGUCGAAAUCCAAAGAAGCAAAGGGCGUGAAGUGCAAAAGAACUGCUAGUUCAUUUAAAGCAGAAUGGCUUAAUGAAACAGUAGAACCUGCAACACCAAAAGCUCAUGAGGUCAGGAGCGUGCAGCUACAAGAAAUAUUUAUGUACAAUACAGAAACUGGUGUUACCUGUGUAAAAGUUACUGGAAAAUUUACAAGUGGGAAGAGGUGAAAUGAUAUUUGGAAGCUUGACUUUUUAAAGUGUCAUUUACCAAGUAAAUCACAUAUGGGCGGUGUGCAAAAGCUCUGGUGAAAAAAUUCUUUAUUACCUGCUGGAGGCCUGCUGCGCAUGUUGUGAGAGUGCAGAUGAACGAGAGUGAAAACUAUCAAACCUAGAGGAGGUCAAAGUUCUUAUUGACAGUUUAUAUAGGCAUCCGUUAGUCUUGUGAGACCAUGGAUUUGCGCCUUGGAAGGUUUCCAGGGCGCAGGCCUAGUCAAGGUUGUAUGGAAGACUGGCAGUCUCCCCUCUCCACGCCACUGAUGUUGUCCAAAGGAAGGGCACUAGGGCCGAUACAGCUUGGCACUGGUGUUGCCGCAGAGCAAUGUGUGGUUAAGUGCCUUGCUCAAGGACACAACACGCUGCCUCAGCUGAGACUUGAACUAGCGACCUUCAGCUCACUAGACUGACGCCUUAACCACUUGGCCACGCGCCAACACAGUUGACAGUUAUUUAUUUUAAACAAUGAACAACAAACUGAACUUGGUAGUUUAAUAUCCUUAGAAUAGCUUCAGGUUUACUUCUGCUUAAAAAUUCAGUGUGUACGUGGUGUUCGCCACUGGGCAAAAAAUUGCACAGCACAAGAUUUUUGCACGCACUGUUCAUUACAAAUUAGGUUUAAAUCAAGUUUAAUAUCACUGGCGUAAGUUGUGAAAUUUGUUAACUUAGCGGCAGCAGUACAAUGCAAUACAUGAUAAUAUAGAAAAACAGAAUUAAAUAAAUCAACUACAGUCAGUAUAUAUGUAUAUUAAAAAAUUAAAUUAAAAAUAGUGAAAUAUCAGAAAUAAUGAAAGUGGUGUUCAUGGAUUCAAUGUCCAUUUUGGAAUCGGAUGCCAGUACAACAGAAGCUGUUCCUAGAUCACUGAGUG